AUGGAGGAUUAUAGCUAUGAAUGCCCAAUCUGUCGUGAAGAAUACACAAUUGCUAUAAAGCCCAAAAUUCUUCAGUGCGGCCAUUCAUUUCAUGAAGAGUGUUUAGAGAUGGUCUAUAAGACUUCUCGAAAAUGCCCUUUAUGUGAAGUUGACUUCACACUUGAAACUAUUCCAGAUCAUUCAGCACAGUCCCCGAUUAAGCUCACACAUAAAAGUGAGCUUAACGGAACCUAUCCACAGCUAGGUUAUGAUCUGUAUUACACAAACUCAAAUGGAGCUCCGAAUUUCAGAAGUAAUUUUUCGUACAUCUCCCAGCCAACAAUGAAAUCACUCGAGGAUGAUUUUAUGUCGCAAUGGGAAAGCUACCCCAGUGACCCCACUUCACCUUGGGGUUUGGGGAUCACUUCUGAACCUCCUUCGCAUUUUCUCAACACGGACCCUUUUACCAGCAAUCUCUAUACCCAAGACCGUAAAAACACACCAUUUACCGCGAACACAAAAAUGAAAGAGCUAUCAGAAUAUAUGGUAGAGCUCGAAGCAUCCAAGAAAAACAUAAAGAAAUGCUGCGCAUAUGCAAAUGAGAUCACCACUGAAUCCAAAGCCCAAAUUUGCCUUAAGAUACAAGCGGCUAAAAGAUUUCUCCAAGAAAUGGAAGAAAAAUGCGUCAAAAACACCGAAAACUACAUCAUGAUAAACAAAAGUGCAGAAAAAAAAUGCAUCGCUGAAAUCGAUGACAAGAUGAAGCUUAUUCAUCGAUGCUUAGCAAGCCUAGAAAAGGUCAUCUCUAGCUCGAGCGGAAUCAAUGCAUCUCUGCAAGCAGAGCUGAACCAGCUGGCAAGUAAAGUCAUUCCUGGGGCUAAUGUAGAGUUUUACUCUUAUAAUUAUGACCCAGAAUGGACUUUAGACAACGAACCAAGCUUCAAAAUAGGAAGAUUAGACAGUCAACAAAUGCCUUCAUCACACAUUUCAAACCCGAAUUCUCAGCCUUCUGGAAGUGUCAGCCCUAUCAGUAAAUACACCCCUAAACACAGCAAGAAAGGAUCCAACUACGAAUGGUACACAGUAGACAACGAUAAAGGAUCAAGAAGGGCUGGCCCUGUCAUCGAGAAGCAAAUAGAGAAAGGGUACAAGAAAGGAGCCAAAACAUGGAGAAUCCAUCACAAGGAUCACGGAGAAUACUUCGCCAUCGUCAAUUAUGAAGACCGAACGUUCAAAUACUUUUCAACCAAUAAGGUUUUCAAGUUAGAAAGAACACCGAGUUAUUAA